AUGGCAGAAGUAGCCGCUGCUCCGGUUGCAGACGCGAUGCAGGGUGUAGUAGAUGCUGCCGCUCCUGAAAUUCCAGUCGUAGAGGCACCAGCAGUCCCCCAGGAACCUGAAUACAAGUCGGAGACACUGUAUAUCCAAAAUCUCAACGAAAAGGUUAAGCUGGAUGUGCUAAAGGCUUCGCUGCGCGGCCUCUUCAAAUCGUAUGGCGAAGUGCUCGACGUCGUCGCGCACGACAAUCUGAGAAUGCGUGGACAGGCCUUCGUCUCAUUUCCAUCGGCUGAUAUUGCAGCAAAGGCGAUGAAGGAGGUUAAGGGGUUCCCUCUGUACUCGAAGCCAAUGCAAAUAUCAUUCGCGCGAACGCGAUCAGACGCCGUAGUGCGAACCCUCGAUCCCAACAACUUCGAUAGCCACAAGACCAAGAGAACCGAACACAAAAAGAAGACAAGAUACACGAAUCCGCUGAAGCAGAAAUUCCGGGCCAAGCGCAUGGCUGCUGAGAUGGAUGGUGCGGCCGCAGUGCCUGCUACGAAACGUCCCAACGUCCAAAUGCCGGACGAGUAUCUCCCACCGAACAAGAUUCUCUUCCUGCAAAACCUACCGGAAAGCGUCACGAAGGACCAACUUAUGGCUCUGUUUGCUCAAUAUCCCAAUCUCCACGAAGUUCGUCUCAUUCCAACGAAGAAAGAUAUUGCUUUCGUGGAGUAUGUGGACGAGAACAGUGCAGGGGCUGCGAAGGACGCCCUACACAAUUACAAGUUGGAUGGCGAGAACAAGAUCAAGAUAACGUUCGCAAGGAAAUGA